AUGUUUGGCACUUGCAUUAAAUUAACAGAACAGUUACAUUUUAUAGUUGUCAAAUUGAAAGCUUAUACAAAAAACGAUGAAUAUGUUGAGUUAUUACAACAGAUUAAUUUACGAGUGCAAUUUCUUACAGAAUCUCACACCGAAUAUUUAAAACAUCAAGAUGAAUUCAAAUCUAUCUCCAUUAAACAAACCCAAGCACUGAACCAGAUUAUGAAUAAGAUUUUAAACGAGAAACUUUAUAUUGGUGGAGAUUAUUCACCACCUAAAACACUUCCACCUUUUGAACUGUUUGAGAAGCAUAAAGAUAAAGAUAUCUAUCUAUUUGGAGAGUAUAAUGCUAAACAUAGCAAUUGGAAUUGUGAAAACCGUAAUUUUUUAUCAGCUUUGAGUGAUAGAUGUAACGGUUAUGAAAGUAUUAAACUUUUUCGACCACCAUGGCCACUAUAUUUAAUGAAUUUAAUUCGAGAAGUGAAUAAAUCAAAACGAUUGACAACAAAUGGCGGAGAACUAAAAGAUAAUCAAGAAAUAGCUGAUCAACUAGCUAAUUAUUAUGAAAAACAUUUUUCAGAGCCAGUUUUUGAUGCCUGCAUUUUUGUAGAUUUUAAAACAGCGUUUGAUGCCAUGUGGUGGCCGGCAUUAAUGAAAAAAUUAGAAAACUUAGACAUGUCAGUUGAACUACUAGGUGCUCCUCAAGGAAGUGUAUUAGCAGCUCUAUUGUUUAGACUUCAUAUUCAUUUUUUAACCUCUUAUUUUUUACAAAUAACGAUUCAUCUUUUUGCUGAUGAUCUUACUAUGAUAAUCAAAGGUGCACUAGAAACAAGAUUAAGUAAGAAUAUUGAAUACCCUGAAUAUCAGGCGAAAAAAGUGCUAAAAUCAUUGGAGAAAUUUGCAGAUGAUCAUAUUCUUGCAAUGAAUGUAUUGAAAACAAAAUUGCGACAAGAAUUUAAAUUAGGUUUUCUCGGUCCCACUAACAAAGAUAAUCCAGCCAGUCAAACUGGCGGUCAUCCCGCUCUGUUUGCAUUUAAAUUGGCCAUUGAAGAUAUCAAUAACCGCACCGAUCUUUUCCCACACAUCAAAUUAUUUCCCAUAUAUUGCAACACAAACUCCAGUGUUGGCGAGAGUGUAAUUGCUGCAUUCAAACAAAUUACCGAGCACAAUGUAACUGGGAUUGUUGGAGAAUUUAAUUCUUUGCAAACGCAGGCCGUUCAGUAUGUCGCUCGUCACUACAAAGUACCACAAAUAUCAUACGGUGCUGCGUCAGUUAUAUUUACUUUUGAUAAGAGUGAACAAUAUCCUUACUUUCUAAGAACAAUUCCUGAUCUAAAUUCAGAGUUAGAGUCACUAGCCGGUUUUAUUCAAGUUCAAGGUUGGAAAAAUAUAGCUCUUUUGUACACUAGUGACAGACCCACUUAUCACAAUGUGCUCAAAUUUAUCAAUGCAACCCGAGAACGUGGUAUUAACAUUGCAGUUCGCCGAGCAUUUAUUAGUGAGGCGUCAAAUGAAGAUCUAAAAGAUCAUUUUUAUAAAAUUGGAAACUCAUCUGUACGUAUUAUUGUUUUUAUUGGUACGCUCAAAGAUCAGCAACAGCUCAUAGGAAGUUGCUUAGAAUCUGCCCCACAUCUUUCUGACAAGGGUUACCAAUGGAUCGGCGUCCACAACAGUAUGUACCGAACUCUUUAUUUAAAUGACAGCGGAGAUAUAAUACCAAAGUAUAAAAGUUGGGUCCAAGGUUUUAUAGGAUUGCAAAACUCUGCCAAUGUCAGCUCUCCCAUAUACAUAAACUAUUCCAAUCGUUGGUUUUCGGCUGCAAACGACAGCGAUACACCCAGCAUUGUUCUGACAAACCGAAGAUCAACAAUUCCACCUAUUGCGAAUUUUGCCUAUGAUGCGUGCUUCAUGUUUGCUCAUGCUCUUAAUAGAAUGGUUAAAAGUAGGCAAGAUCCAGCACUGCCUGAGAAUCGCGAAACGUAUUUGAAAGUGCUGAAAAAUGUCACUUUUGACGGCGUGAGCGGACACAUCUCGGUCAAUGAAAGUGGUGAUCGCCAAGUCUCAGUCCCAUUUGACAUUCUCAAUUUUGUAAAUGAUUCAUUAGUUCUGAUCGGCUCAGUAACAGUUGACGGUAAAGUUAGCCUGAAUGAAGACGUCAAAAUUGUUUACACCGGUGGAGCAACGGAAAAACCACGAGACAUGCCAGUAACCAAAAUACCGAGAUCAGCUCUCAUUAGUAUGAUAUUUGGUAGUGCCGUAUGUACUCUCGUAUCGUAUUUUGACGAAACCUCUAACGUUACAUGUGUAUUAGAUCUUUGGUUUAUGAAUAUUGGUUACACACUAAUUAUCGGUACAUUAUUGGAAACAGAUGAAGAUAUAAGAUAA